AUGGCAGAGGGCACUAGGUCUCAAGACGUCAGAAAGAUGGAGGAACAUGUUCGCGCCAUGCUGAAGGAACAACAGGAACAGUUCGAGAGGGAGAUGGAAGCUCUAAGGAACUUGGUGAUUGAAUUACAUACACAGAAGGGUCCAGUAGGAGGCAAUGACUCCCCUCAUAAUUCGGAUUCUUCAAACAGCAACCGAGGGAAUUACCAUGUUCCCUCUCGCUUAUCCCGGAUUGAUUUCCCAAAAUUUCAUGGGGAGGAUUUUAGGGGAUGGUUGUACAAGUGUGAGCAGUUUUUCGAAAUAGAUGAGACGCCAAGCUCGGUGAAGGUCAAAAUAGCUGCAAUGAAUCUGGAGGGAAAAGCUUUCCAGUGGCACCAAAUUUUCAUGCGAUCCAGACUCACACGGGAGAUUCCGGCUUGGGAGGAGUAUAUAAGAGAAUUGUCCUCCAGGUUUGGAGAUUCCUUGUAUGACGAUCCAAUGGGGGAACUUAAAAGCUUGAAACAAUCUGGGACAGUACAGGAGUAUCACGACCUGUUUGAGGAGCUGCUCAACAGGGUGGAGCUUCCUGAGGACUACGCCACAAGCUGUUUCGUGAGUGGGUUGAAACCAGAAAUCCAGCUGUCUGUAAGGAUGUUCAUGCCUAAAAAUGUGCAGCAUGCUAGGACCCUGGCCAAGAUUGAAGAAGCUAAGGUGCUUGUGCAGCAGAAAGGGAAGGGGUUAUCCAAACCUUUCACAAGUUAUCCAGGUCAUACCAGUAAUUCCGCUUCCUUCCACGCCAAUCCAUCUGGUCACAAAUGGAAGGUAGAUUCUAAGCCACUCCUACCCCUACCUACCUUUCCAGCACUACCUAGUAAUGAGAAGCAGAAGGAGUUAGUCGUUAAGAAACCUUUCAAGAGGUUGAGUAGAGCAGAAAUGGAUGAGAAGAGAGCUAGGGGGUUAUGCUUUUGGUGUGAUGAGAGGUUCACAGCUGGACACAGAUGUGGUAAUCAACAAUUUCACAGGCUGGAGGUUUGGGAUGAUAUGUCAGGGGAGGAGGAGAAUGAAUCAGGUAGUGAAGAAGACACACUGGAUGAAGGUCAACUGGCACACAUUUCUCUUAAUGCCAUGACCAACAUGAGUGUUCCUAAUUUUAGAACUAUGAGAGUCACUGGUCAUGUGGGAAGGCAGCCUGUGAACAUUUUUAUUGAUUGUGGUAGCUCCCAUAAUUUCAUUCACCCUAAGGUAGUGCAGAAGCUGGGUUUGACUACACAGAGGGUUGAUCCCUUGGUGGUAGAAGUAGCUGAUAGGAAUAAGUUGACCACUCAGGACCUUUGCAAGGACUUCACUUGGAAAAUGCAAAAACAAGAGUUCAAGGCAGACUUACUUAUGUUACCAGUAGGUGGUUGUGAGCUAGUUCUGGGCAUGCAAUGGCUGACUACCCUCGGUGAUGUAAAAUGGAAUUUUGGAGAACUGCGGAUGGAAUUUAUGCAAGCUGGUCACAAAGUGGUCCUAAGAGGAAUCAAACAGCAAGGAUUGCAGCUAAUUCGGCAGAAUAAGAUGCAAAAGCUCCUUCAAAAGCCUGAGCAGAUUGCUGAGGCACAGUUAUGCCUGAUCAGAGUAGUUCAGGACCCUACCUCAGAACCACUAUCUCUCCGCACCAUCUCCACCGACAUAAGUAAACAUCAGGUACGCCAUUCAGUAGAACUUGAACACUUGUUGGAUGAGUACAGCGAUCUGUUUCAUGAAUCUAACAAUCUGCCACCAGAAAGGUCUUAUGACCAUAAAAUUACUCUGAAAGAGGGAACUGCACCUAUCAAUGUGAGGCCCUAUCGAUAUCCUGUCUUCCAGAAGUGUGAGAUCGAAAGGCUAGUGGCGGAGAUGCUGGCGUGUGGCAUUAUCAGAACCAGCUCUAGUCCUUUUUCUUCUCCAGUAGUGUUAGUAAAAAAGAAAGAUGGUUCGUGGAGGAUGUGUGUUGAUUACAGGCAAUUGAAUAAUGCCACGAUAAAGGAUAAGUUCCCUAUUCCUUUGAUAGAGGAGUUGCUGGAUGAAUUGUAUGGGGCAAAGUUUUUCACCAAGUUGGAUCUAAGGUCUGGAUAUCACCAGAUCAGGAUGAAGGCUGAAGAUGUGGAGAAGACAGCUUUCAGAACUCACGAUGGUCAUUAUGAAUUUCUGGUUAUGCCCUUUGGGCUAACCAAUGCUCCCUCAACCUUUCAGAGCUUGAUGAAUGAUAUCUUCAGGCCAUUCUUAAGAAAAUUCAUUCUGGUCUUUUUUGAUGACAUCCUGAUAUAUAGUGUGGAGUGGGAGGAACAUCUACAACACCUUAACAUCGUAUUUGGAUUGUUAAGGCAGCAUUCUUUGAAGGUAAAUGAAAGCAAGUGUGCUUUUGCUCAGCAACAGAUUGACUAUUUGGGACAUGUUAUUGAUGCCAACGGAGUUGAGGCCGAUCCACAGAAGAUCUCUGCAAUCAUGAAUUGGCCUAUACCUCGAACCAUCAAAGAAUUAAGAGGAUUUUUGGGGCUCACUGGAUACUACCGGAGAUUCAUAAGAAACUAUGGAAAAAUUGCCAAACCAUUAACAGAUUUGCUUAAAAAGAACCAGUUCAAGUGGCGGGAGGGGGCCACUCUUGCUUUCAAGCACUUGCAGGAAGCCAUGAGUAAGCCUCCUGUCCUAGCUCUACCAGACUUCACUUAG